AUGCCUACAAUUUGCCAAUUAGCUCUUUUUUGUUUUUGCGCACGUUUUAAGAAUCACUCUUUCUUGAGGAAUGCCAAAUUUCGUGCUGAAGAUAUGAUAUGUCAGAAUGCACUAAAAGAUUCUAAUAAGUCGGACAAUAAACUAAAAAAAUUCCUUUCUUUAAACAGUGCCUCUAUAAAAUCUACUAAGGCAAGAAAAUUAAUGAUAAUUAAAAGCGUAUUUUUUUCUAAAAAACGUGUUGCUGAAAUUAACCGUAUUGGUAAUACUGAGCCAACAGACAAAAAUUGA